UUUUUUUCCCCCAAGCGAAGCAUGAACAGUUAAGUGGAAAAUGGAGGCUGAAUUUUACAUGGCGAUUCUUAACUGCUUGAUCUUCGUGAACUUAGAGGGGUUUCAGAUAGUCCAUGUCCGGAAACAAAAGUGCCUUUUCAAAACGGAGAGAGUGGCCAUCGGCUCAUGUAAUGGCACCGACCAGAGCCAGCAGUGGGCGUGGACUGAGGAUGGAAAGCUCCUUCAUGUGGAGUCCUCAUUGUGCCUGGGCAUCAUCAGUUCCUUUGGGGGCCCUUCCCAAUCAGUCAUCUUUGCCCCCUGCUCCCAGGCACCUGGAUGGACCUGCUAUAUGGAGGAAGGAUACCUUGAGGUGAAAAAUACCUCUCUCUUUCUCAAGAAACAGGGCGACAAGGUAAUGGUGAAAAAGGACAACAAAUACCUCCAUAGCUGGAUGAAAAUCGAUGUCAACAAGGAGGGGAAACUAGUCCAUGGAAACCUCUGCUUUAAAAAAGCUGGCCCAGGAGCAGAAGUUUCAGUAAGGAGCAUUAGAAAUACGGCUUCUCCUCACAUCCCCAUGACUUUUAAAGCAGUUCCUUAUAAGCCAGAACAUCUAAGUAGGAUUACCACUGAGACCUUCACCAGAAGCACUACGGAAAACUACAGUCAGAACAGCAGCAUGAGGCAGCAUCCCAACAGGCAGAUGAUUGCAAUUACAGAGACAUCAUGGGUUCCCUGGACUACUCAGCCCUUUUCCAGGACCACUGAAAAGACUGUCCUGGGUGAGCCGGUGAGAUGUAAUUUCACCCUGACGGAGUCCAGGGUCUCCAACCAGUCCGUGUCUCUCCAGUGGAGAAGUUUGGGGUCACACUGUAAUUUCAGCCUCAUCUAUAGCAGUGAUGUCUCAGGGGUGGCUUCUUGCCACCCAGAGCGAAUAGACAACACCACUUAUGGAUGUGACCUCAAGGAUCUACAAGCGGGAACCAUCUACAACUUCAGGAUUGUGUCCCUGGAUGGAGAAGAGAGAACUGUGGUCUUGCAAACAGACCCUUUACCCCCUACUAGGUUUGAAGUGCAUCAAGAGGAAACUACGUCUACCAGCUUGCAUGUUUCGUGGACACCUUCUUCUGGAAAAGUCUCUUGGUACGAGGUGCAGUUAUUUGAUGAUAACCAAAGGAUCCAAAUUCAAGAAAGUACUUCAUGGAAUGAGCACACAUUUUUUAACCUCACUGCUGGUAAUAAGUACAAUGUUGCCAUCACAGCCAUUUCUGGAGAUAAACGUUCCUCUACAGUUUAUAUCAAUGGAUCAACAGUGCCAUCCCCAGUGAAAAAUAUUGAUGUUUUAGCAAAAGCUAAUUCUCUCCUGAUUUCCUGGACCCAUGGCUUUGGGAAUGUGGACAAGUACCAGCUGAUGCUUAUGGAUAAGGGGAUCUUAGUUCAUAGCAUGGUUGUGGACAGAUAUACUACAUCCUACACGUUUCAAGGGCUGAUGCCUGGCCACCUCUACAAUGUCACCAUAGUGACGGAGGCUGCAGGGCUGCAAAAUUACAGGUGGAAACUAGCCAGAACAGCUCCCAUGGAAGUCUCAAAUCUGAAGGUGACAAAUGAUGGCACUUUGACCUCUCUAAAAGUCAGAUGGCAAAGACCUUCUGGAAAUGUGGAUUCCUAUAACAUUACCUUGUCUCAUCAAGGGACCAUCAAAGAAUCCAGAACAUUAGCACCUCAGGUUACUGAAACCUACUUUAAAGAUUUAAUCCCCGGACGCCUUUAUCAAGUUACUAUCAGUUCUCUUUCUGGUGAAUUGUUUGCUCAGAAGACGGCAGUGGGCAGAACAGUUCCAGAGAAAGUUGGGAACCUGGAGGCCAACAGCAAUGGUUCCACAAGGUCCCUAGUAGUGAGCUGGUCGCCCCCUGCUGGAGACUGGGAGCAGUACCGCAUCCUGCUCUUCAAUGGGUCCUCGGUGCUUCUCAACACCACGGUGGGAAAGGAGGAAACACACUAUGCCAUGAGUAAUAUGGGACUCAUACCGGGAAGACAGUAUGAAGCAGAAGUCACUGUUGAGAGUGGAAAUCUGAGGAAUUCUAAGCGUUGCCAAGGCAGGACGGUCCCCUUGGCGGUCCUCCAGCUUCGUAUCAAACAUGCCAAUGAAACCUCGCUGGCUGUCAUGUGGCAAGCCCCUGUCGCCGAAUGGGAGAAAUACAUCAUCUCAUUAGCCGACAGGGACCUCUUACUCAUCCACAAGUCACUCCCCAAAGAUGCCAAAGAGUUCACUUUUACUGACCUGAUACCCGGACGAAAAUACAUAGCUACAGUCACUAGUAUUAGUGGAGACUUAAAAAAUUCAUCUUCAACCAAAGGAAGAACAGUGCCUGCUCAAGUGACCAGUUUACAUGUAAGCAACCACGGAACAAGCAGCAGUUUAUAUACGAACUGGACCCGAGCCCUGGGAGACAUAGACUUCUACCAAGUCUUACUAAUCCAUGAAAAUGUAGUCAUCAAAAAUGAAAGUGUCCCCAGUGAGACCAGCAAGUACAGCUUCCACUCCCUCAAAUCUGGGAGUCUCUACUCCGUGGUGGUUACGACUGUCAGUGGAGGGAACUCUUCCCGCCAAGUGGUGGUGGAGGGAAGGACAGUCCCUUCCAUUGUGAGUGGAGUCACAGUGAACAAUUCUGGGCGUAAUGACUACCUCAGCAUUUCCUGGCUGCCAGCUUCUGGAGACGUGGAUAACUAUGUAGUGACACUCCAUCAUGACAGCAAGGUAGUCCAGUCCCUCGUUAUUGCCAAGUCUGUCAGUGAGUGUUCCUUCAGCUCCCUUACUCCUGGCCGCCUCUACAAUGUGACCAUAACUACAAGGAGUGGCAAGUAUGAAAGUCAUUCCUUCAGCCAAGAGCGGACAGUGCCUGACAAGGUCCACGGGAUCAGUAUUAGCAACUCAGCCAGGAGUGACUAUUUAAAGGUAACCUGGCUGCAUGCCACUGGAGACUUUGAUCACUAUGAAGUCACCAUUAAAAACAAAAACAACUUCAUUCAAACAAAAAGCAUCCCCAAGUCUGAAAAUGAAUGUGUAUUUGUGAAGCUAGUUCCUGGACGAUUGUAUAGUGUCACAGUUAGUACAAAAAGUGGACAAUAUGAAGCCAGUGAACAAGGAAAUGGGAGAACAAUCCCAGAGCCUGUUAAGAAUCUAACAUUGCGAAAUAGGAGCACUGAGGACCUUCAUGUGACUUGGUCACGAGCUGAGGGGGACAUUGACCAGUAUGAGGUCCAACUGCUCUUCAAUGACAUGAAAGUAUUUCCUCCUUUUCACCUUGUAAAUACUGCAACUGAAUAUGGGUUCACCUCGCUAACGCCUGGGCGCCAAUAUAAAAUUCUCGUCCUCACCAUCAGUGGAGAUGUCCAGCGAUCAGCCUUUAUCGAGGGCUUCACAGUUCCGAGUACUGUCAAAAAUAUUCACAUUUCUCCCAAUGGAGCAACAGACAGCCUGACAGUGAACUGGUCUCCUGGAGGGGGAGACGUGGAUUCCUACACUGUGUCAGCUUUCAAGCACAAUCAGAAGAUUGAUUCUCAGACUAUUCCCAAGCACGUCUCUGAGCACACGUUCCACAGACUGGAGGCUGGAGAACAGUACCAGAUCGUGAUCGCCUCCAUCAGCGGGUCCUUGAGCAACCAGAUAGAUGCACUGGGACGGACAGUGCCAGCAUCUGUCCAGGGAAUAAUUGCAGAUAAUGCCUAUAGCAGUCACUCCUUAAUAGUGAGUUGGCAAAAAGCUGUUGGUGUGGCAGAAAGAUAUGAUAUCUUACUUCUAAGUGAAAAUGGAAUCCUUCUGAGUAACACAUCAGAGGUAGCCACAGCUAAGCAGCACAAAUUUGAAGACCUAACACCAGGAAAAAAAUACAAGAUACGGAUUCUAACCGUCAGUGGAGGCCUUUUCAGCAAGGAAGCCCAAACUGAAGGUCGCACAGUCCCAGCAGCUGUCACCAACCUGAGGAUCACAGAGAACUCUACCAGAUACCUGUCCUUCACCUGGACCACCUCAGAGGGAGAGCUCAACUGGUACAACAUCUUUCUGUACAAUCCAGACCGAACCCUGCAGGAGAGAGCUCAAGUUGAUCCACAGAUCCAAAGCUUCUCUUUCCAGAACUUACUACAAGGCCGAAUGUACAAAAUGGUGAUUGUAACUCACAGCGGGGAGCUGUCUAAUGAAUCUUUCAUUUUUGGUAGGACAGUCCCAGCCUCUGUGAGUAACCUUAAGGGAUCCAAUCGGAACAUGACAGACAGCCUCUGGUUCAGCUGGACUCCUGCCGCUGGGGACUUCGACUUUUAUGAGCUGAUUCUCUAUAACCCGAAUGGCACAAAGAAGGAAAACUGGAAAGACAAGGACCUAACGGAGCGACGUUUUCAAGGCUUGGUUCCUGGAAGGAAGUACACGCUGUGGGUGGUAACUCACAGUGGAGAUCUCAGCAACAAGGUCACAGGGGAGAGCAGAACAGCUCCAAGUCCUCCCAGCCAUAUGGCAUUUACUGAUAUUGCAAAUACAUCCUUGGCCAUCACCUGGAAGGGACCUCCAGAUUGGACAGACUACGAUGACUUUGAGCUUCAGUGGCACCCCAGAGAUGCCAUCACUGUCUUCAACCCCUAUAGCAACAGAAAAUCAGAAGGACGCAUUGUCUAUGGUCUUCGUCCAGGAAGAUAUUACGAAUUCACUGUCAAGACUGUAAGCGGUGAUUCCUGGAAAACCUACAGCAAACCAAUUUUUGGAUCCGUGAGGACAAAGCCAGACAAGAUACAAAACCUGCAUUGCCGGCCUCAGAACUCCACAGCUAUUGCCUGCUCCUGGAUCCCCCCUGAUUCUGACUUCGAUGCGUAUAGCAUUGAGUGCCGGAAAAUGGACACCCAAGAAGUGGAGUUUUCUAGAAAACUGGAGAAAGAAAAAUCUCUGCUCAACAUCAUGAUGCUUGUGCCCCAUAAGAGAUAUCUGGUGUCCAUCAAGGUGCAGUCAGCGGGCAUGACCAGCGAGGUGGUGGAAGACAGCACCAUCACCAUGAUAGACCGCCCACCUCCUCCACCUCCACAUAUUCGUGUGAAUAAAAAGGAUGUGUUAAUUAGCAAAUCCUCCAUCAACUUUACUUUCAACUGUACUUGGUUCAGCGACACCAAUGGAGCUGUGAAAUACUUUACCGUGGUGGUAAGAGAGGCUGAUGGCAGUGAUGAGCUAAAGCCAGAGCAACAGCACCCGCUGCCGUCGUACCUGGACUACAGACACAACGCUUCCAUUCGAGCGUAUCAGACCGCUUACUUUGCCAGCAAAUGUGCUGAAAGUCCUGACAGCAACUCUAAGAGUUUUAACAUCAAGCUUGGUGCAGAGAUGGAGAGCCUGGGUGGAAAAUGCGAUCCCAAUCAACAAAAAUUUUGUGACGGCCCCCUGAAGCCACGCACUGCCUACAGAAUCAGCAUCCGGGCUUUUACACAGUUGUUUGAUGAAGACCUGAAGGAAUUUAAAAAUCCACUUUAUUCAGAUACUUUCUUCUCUUUGCCCAUCACCACUGAGUCAGAGCCUUUGUUUGGCGUUAUCGAAGGUGUGAGUGCGGGACUGUUCUUAAUUGGCAUGCUCGUAGCCGUCGUUGCCUUAUUCAUCUGCAGACAGAAAGCCAGCCAUGGUCGAGAAAGACCUUCUGCCCACCUGAGUAUCCGUCGGGAUCGACCAUUAUCUGUCCACUUGAACCUGGGCCAGAAAGGUAGCCGGAAAACUUCUUGCCCAAUAAAAGUAAAUCAGUUUGAAGGGCACUUCAUGAAGCUGCAGGCCGACUCCAACUACCUUCUCUCCAAGGAAUACGAGGACUUGAAAGACGUGGGUCGAAACCAAUCAUGUGACAUUGCGCUCUUGCCGGAGAACAGAGGGAAAAAUCGAUACAACAAUAUAUUGCCCUAUGAUGCCUCUCGAGUGAAGCUGUCCAAUGUAGACGAUGACCCGUGCUCCGACUACAUUAAUGCCAGCUACAUUCCGGGCAACAACUUCAGAAGAGAAUACAUCGCUACUCAAGGACCACUUCCUGGCACCAAGGAUGACUUCUGGAAAAUGGCGUGGGAACAGAAUGUUCACAACAUCGUCAUGGUGACCCAGUGUGUUGAGAAGGGCCGAGUCAAGUGUGACAACUACUGGCCAGGGGACCAGGAUUCCCUCUAUUACGGGGACCUCAUCCUGCAGAUGCUUUCAGAGUCUGUGCUGCCUGAGUGGACCAUCCGGGAGUUCAGGAUAUGCAGUGAGGAGCAGCUGGAUGCCCACAGGCUCAUCCGCCACUUUCACUAUACAGUGUGGCCAGACCACGGCGUCCCAGAGACCACGCAGUCCCUGAUCCAGUUUGUGAGGACCGUCAGGGACUACAUCAACAGAAGCCCCGGGGCUGGGCCCACCGUCGUGCACUGCAGUGCUGGGGUGGGGAGGACUGGUACCUUUAUGGCACUGGACCGAAUCCUGCAGCAACUAGACUCUAAAGACACUGUGGACAUUUACGGAGCAGUGCAUGACCUAAGACUUCACAGAGUUCACAUGGUCCAGACCGAGUGUCAGUACGUGUACCUACAUCAGUGCGUAAGAGACGUGCUCAGAGCAAGAAAGCUACGAAGUGAACAAGAAAACCCCUUGUUUCCAAUCUAUGAAAAUGUGAAUCCAGAGUAUCACAGAGAUGCGGGCUAUCCAAGGCAUUAAGAAUGUACCCGAAGAUCUCCAUGUGAUUUAAAAAAAUAUCUCGCUCCAUGCCUUACAGAGGUGCCAGCUAUUCUGUUGAUACUAUGUAUAAUUUAUUAAUCUGGAGAAUUUUAAAGAAUUUAUGUAAUUUAAAGGUAACAGAUAUUAUUGUACAUAGUUGUAUUUUGUAGUUCCUUCUGUAAAUAUGUAUUUUUUCAUAAUGUUUAAUAUUAAGCUUUAUAUAAUACUAUUUUUCCACACUAAAGUGUUCUGGAUUGUUCUACAUAAACUUAACUCAACCUGU